ACAUUUUUGAAACAUAAAAUCUCUUGAGAAAUGGCAAAACAAAAUUUCCAUAACAAAAAUCUCUGCAAAACCUCUAUAUAUUAGCUGUGUAUGUGUGUAUGUACUGUUCAAGAACACUGAGCAGUGCAGAGAGGGAAGAAGGAGCCCUACCUUGUCCCGCAAGCCAAGUAUGGGUCAAUUCCUCAAAACCCUGUUUUCCUCUCUCCUCCUCUGCCUCGCUCUUCUCCCUCUCCUAGCCUCUGCAGAAGAAGAAGAUUGUGAUUCCGGCCAUGGCGGCGGCGGGAACGGAGCAGACAAGGGCAAGGCCUUGAAGUUCAAGAUCGCUGCUAUCUUAUCGAUCUUUAUCGGCGGAGUUUUCGGGGUCUGCCUACCGGUUUUGGGCCGGAAAUUCUCUUUUCUCCGGCCGGAGAGCAACUUCUUCUUCCUCAUCAGAGCCUUCGCCGCCGGAGUGAUUCUGGCCACCGGAUUCAUCCACAUCCUUCCAGACGCCGGCGAGAAUCUCACGAGCCCAUGCCUGGGCGAGGCCCCGUGGGGAGAUUUUCCGAUGUCUGGACUCAUCGCCAUGGCUUCUGCGAUCGUCACCAUGUUGAUUGAGUCCUUCGCCGCCGGUUACUUCCAGAGAUUGCUCUCCGGCGAAAAAAACUCCUUGCCGGUGGUCGCUGGAGGCGGAAAACAGGUGUUGGGGACUGGCGGCGGACAUGAAGGUCAUGUUCAUGUUCACUUACAUGGCUCUACUUUCAAUGAAUCCGGAGAAAUCAAACUGAUCAGGCACAAGAUCGUCACACAGGUACUGGAGUUGGGAAUUGUGGUUCACUCAGUAAUCAUAGGGCUUUCCCUUGGAGCCUCUCAAGAUUUGGACACAAUCAAGCCUCUUCUCGUUGCACUGACAUUCCAUCAGCUCUUUGAGGGCCUCGGCCUCGGCGGCUGCAUCUCCCAGGCGAAGUUCAAAGUAGGAACUAUUGCAACAAUGGUGUUGUUCUUCGCGCUUACAACACCCGUUGGGAUCGGGAUCGGGAUAGGAGUUGCGGAAACGUACAACGAGAACAGCCCGACCGCGUUAAUGGUAUCGGGGAUCCUGAACUCUGCAGCAGCUGGGAUAUUGAUUUACAUGGCGCUCGUGGACUUGUUAGCAGCUGAAUUCAAUGAUCCCAAAGUUCAAGGCAGUUUCAGGAUGCAGAUCAGUUGCAGUCUUUCGCUUCUUCUUGGUGCUGCUGCGAUGUCCCUUUUGGCUAUUUGGGCAUAGAUUCAAUUUUGUCAUCAAAAGCAAUUUUCUUCUCUUUGUUUUUAGGGCAUUUGUUAGGAGCCUGGAGCUUUUUAGUUUCAUUCUUACGUUCUGAUUAUUUUUUCUCCAAUUUUCAAUCUCAUAUAUAUAUAUAUAUAUAUGAAAAGAGUGUUCCUCAAUACUGGGAAAGCUUCAAUCUUUAGCAUUCUAUGACAUAUAUGAACAGAAUUGGAAAUGCAUUGCUUACAACGGGCAUAUAUAUAUAUAUAUGUACAUUAUAAUACACAUAUACACGACAAGAGCAGAUUCUCGAUGUACUUACUGAGAAACCCAAACACAGGUUUUUGUCUGGAAGCUCUGUUGUAGAGACAAGACAAGGAGUGGUGGCAUCAGCCCCUGGACGAAGUCUUUCUCAAAGGACUUUCGGAAAUUCGCUUUUCUGUAAGCUUUCUCGAGAAAGAUCCGAAUUUUUCUAUCAAAGAAAUCUCUUUCAGAUUUUUUUUUCCUAUUUGCAAAAAAAAAAUCCUGUUUUUUCCUGAAAGUUAUUGAGUUUUUCUUCCCAAUCUCAUGACAGAC